AUGGUUGCAUCAGAACAUAUCCAUAUUCCACUUUUUGCACUCAACAAUCCUUUAUACACGAAUGUCAGAGGAAAAAUUUUAAGUUUCACCCUUAAAAAAAUAAAUGAUCAGUAUCAAAAGACAAAACAUGCAAUAUCUCGUGAACCCCUGCCACCAUGCACUGGAUUUUUUUCAAAAACAAUGAGGCUUCCUUGUGCCCAUACCAUUAGUCUCUUAGAGAAUGAUCAGGCUUUAAUGCUCCAUAAUAUCCAUGAGCAUUGGUGGAUUUUAGAACACUCACCAGUACUAGAAGUUAAAGAAAAUGCUUCAAGAGUUCAACAAGCAACAGCACAUGUAACAUUAGACAAUAUGAUAAAUACUCUCCCGAUGAUUUUACAAAACCCAAGAGAGGUUUCUACAAGAGGACGCCUUUCAGGUAUUCAACAUAGUUCAGUAAACUCAACCAGGAGAGAUCCUUCUGGGUUUGAGUUGGUGGAAUGUAGAGAAUGA